AUGGUACAAUGUGCGGCCAUCAACUGUAAUAACAGCAGUAAUCGCGGACAGAAGAUAAGCCUAUUUGCUUUUCCGCGAGAUAGAAAACUGGGUAAAUUAUGGGUAAUGAAACUGAAGAGAGGCAAUUUUUCUCCAAGCGACCAUUCUAGAUUGUGCGAGAGGCAUUUUGAAGAGGACUGUUUCACCCAGGAUCGUCGUCUGCUUGCAUCAAUCGGUUUCACACCAGGGCGAAAAUCAUUAAAACCAGGAGCGAUUCCAACAAUUUUUGAUUUUUCAUCAGCCAACAUUCGGAAAAACACUCCAGGCCGGUCAGAAGACAGUUGUCUCGGCCAUUUAUCAACCCCAAACAAAAAUCGGACAAGCACUGCUAUCCAGAAAAGACGAUGUCUCGAGUUAUUACCAGACAUAACAAGUCACAAUAGCCUGACAAGUAUGUAUGCUGCAAGUACACAUGUACAGUACCAUCCUAACCAGGUGCAUAUGGAAACCCAUACAUCAGCAUUGGAUCUGACCAAAACAGCAGACAAAUGUGUUGGACCAAAUGAUCCUCUAGAUACAUACAAUGUUGGCUGUCAAACAUCUUACAACCUAACAAAACGUCGCCAUGUUAGUUUACAGACAAGGAUCUCAGAAAUGAAGCCUACAGUGAUGUCUUGUGGGGUACAGGCCACAUGCCAGACUACGUCUGCAUCUGUACAAUGUCACAGAUACAACCACACCCAGAAGAAACAUACAGGAAGUGAAUCUGAUGAUGAAAGUGACAUGGAUAUUUCUCCACCAGACCAGGGCCAUGAUUCUGAAUGGAGUCCAUCACAGGAGGACUGUUCAGAUUUAGAAGGAGGAGAAACUUGCAACACAUCAAGACAACAGUUGGAACUUGUGUUUGUAUAA